AUGCCUGAGGAACCGAAGCACCGCAAGUCAAGCCUCGGUGGCCUCAUGGACCGGAUGCUCCAUCGUGACCAUCACGAAAACAAGGACCAAGCUGGGCAAGCCAAGGACGAGCAUGAUUCUACUCAAGUGGAGCAUGAAGAUAUGCCCAGCCAACCCAAGAAGGAGGAUGAGAUGGAUAAGAUGAAGGACUAUAUGAAGAAGGAUGAGCAGAUGGAGCAGGAGGGUCGGACUUAUGGAGAUUUGAUGUGA